CUUCGUGCUCAAUCGAAUACAUACGAUUUUUUCUAUGGUCAAUGAAAUCAGCGAAAAAUGUAAAUAAUUUGUUAUCACUUGACAUAGUCUUGCAGUAAAUGUUAUUAGAAAUUGUGCUUUUUAAUACUUUCUACUUCGUUUGUUAUAAAGUUAGUCAUUUCCAAUAUGACAAAUAUAUUACAAAAGCUUUCGUCUUUCUUAGGAUAUUGGUAUUUUAGAUACAUGCUUGUUACAGAGUUGUAUAUGGUCGAAAAAUGGGAGAGAAUUUUUAUUAAUACUUUCUUUAUAGUAUUAUUUUUUUCAUUCUUUAUUUUCAACUACAAGGUACUACUUCCAAUUGCAGAAGUAAUGAGUUCCACAUCAUCAUGAGUUCUAUGUCAAAUAUAUAUUUAUUAUAAUUAGAACAGUAAUUUCUAAAACUUGUCAUUUAAUUUUAAUCAAAUAACUUGAUGAUUUCUCAAAGAUUUAACAUUAUACAUAUCCACAAUUACAUUGUAAUUUCCAAAUUUCC